UAUAUGUGGUGCACAUUAAUCCUUAUUCCACCAUUUAUACACUUUUUUCCAUCAAACUGUUCCCAUUGUUCUUUACCCUUUAUUUUGAAGGAUCUCAGUUAACAUGGAAGCUAGUUUGCUCGCCAACAAUUCCUUCACCAAAUCCACAGAACAACUGAUUCCCACAAUCAGAGCCGGAUCUUUAGCAUUCUCCAAGAGAUCUUCUCAACAACUCUGGUGCAGAAAAGUUAGAGUUCCUUAUCAUAUAUCAUGCUGCCACUCAUCAUCAUCACCAUUAGAUGAUGACAAACCUACACUGAGCGGUGACUGGAGGGCCUUCAGGGCAAAGCUUGUGGUUGGAGGAGUGCAGUUACUAAGGACUGAUGAAGCCUCUUCAAUGGCUGAUCCAGACACUGUUGUGGAUCAGCCUCCACUAAUAACCAUUGGUGAUAAAUGGGCCCACAAAAUCCAUGAGCCUGAAAAGGGUUGCUUACUCAUUGCCACUGAAAAGCUUGAUGGGGUCCACAUAUUUGAACGGACGGUGAUCCUUCUUUUGUCAACUGGGCCAUUAGGCCCAUCAGGGAUCAUACUCAACAGACCAUCAUUGAUGUCCAUCAAGGAGACAAGAUCAACAGCUCUGGAUGUGGAGGGCACAUUCUCUAAUAGUCCAUUGUUCUUUGGGUUGUAUUAUGGUGGAAAAGAGAGUGUGGGUUGUGCUGCUGAAAUGGUGAAGAGGAAUGUUGUUGGGCUUGGAGAUUUUAGGUUCUUUGAUGGGUAUUGUGGUUGGGAUAAAGAGCAAUUGAAGGAUGAGAUUAGGGCUGGGUAUUGGACUGUAGCUGCAUGCAGCCCAAGUGUGGUUGGGUUGGCGAGUGUUGGAAGUAUUGGGCUUUGGAAUGAGGUCCUUGGACUUAUGGGUAAAAGGAAGGUCAAAUGAGUAACACGUGUCCCACGUGCCAAACAGAUGGAAAAACUUUCAAGCAAGCGGUGUGUGAUUCAACGACAUUCAUACAAAAUGAAAAAGGCUUGUAAAUUGAAAUGUUGCUCCUUACUUUUGUACUUAGUUGGUUUACGAAUUGAGAAAUGAUUUCAA